AGGUUUGGCCCAAUAUUAUUUCUGCACAGCCCAAUGCUAACGGCACAAGUGUAGCAAACGGCCCAGUAAUACGGACUUCAGUCUUCGUACCCGCCCACGCUUGGCUGCGUGCCGCCAACCCCUGCCUUCUUAGUCCAAUCGGCCCUUCUCCUCACCUUUAAUCUUCAAUCGUUCAAUGCUUCACGGAGUUCACGCCUUACGCCUUUACCACUUCAGCCUUCGGGUAGACAGAUUUUCAGAUCCACAUUCAGUUUGCCAGUUCACAACUAUUUGAUGUUCGUUAUCAGUGCUCAACCUUUUCCAGUGCUCCAACGUGGUAGUGAGCCAAUAGAGCAUCUUCAAGUUGAUGAGCUCUAGUUUCCAAAGGUCACCAAUGUCUAAUGAUUGUCAGGGGAUUUGAGAGAGUAGGAGCACGUCAUCUUUUGAACUUUGGUUUGAAUUUGAAGUUAAAGAGCUCGAUCAAACAAAUUCACAUGGAAAAUACUCAAACCAGGAGCAAUUCAAGGGGUGCAUUGGUUGUAUUUGAAGGGCUGGACCGUUGUGGAAAGACAUCACAGUGUAGUAGAUUGGUAAAAUACUUGGAUGACAUUGGGCACUCAGUUCAGGCAUGGAGAUUUCCUGAUAGAAACACCUCUAUAGGGCAAAUGAUAUCUUCGUAUCUCGCCAAUAAGUCUCAUUUGGAUGAUCAUGCAAUUCAUCUGCUUUUCAGUGCCAACCGCUGGGAAAAGAGGUCAUUAAUGGAAGAAACUUUAAAGAGCGGAACUACUGUUAUUGUAGAUCGUUACUCUUAUUCUGGAGUGGCAUUUUCAUCUGCAAAGGGACUUGAUAUCCAAUGGUGUAAGAACCCUGAUAUAGGACUGCUUGCUCCAGAUCUAGUGCUGUUCCUUGAUAUAUCACCUGAGAGAGCAGCUGAAAGAAGAGGUUAUGGUGGUGAGAGGUACGAGCAGUUGGAGUUUCAGAAAAAGGUUGCCCAGUCAUACCAGGCCCUUCAGGAUCCAUCAUGGAAGAUUGUAGAUGCAACCCUUCCCAUUGAAGACGUUGAAAUAAAACUGAGAGAAUCUGUGGUAGAAUGCAUGACAGAAUGCCUAGAGGGAAAACCCUUGUUGUCAUUGUGGUCGAACUAGCUUAGUUUGUUUAUGGCCUUUACUCGUAAGGGUCCAUGUUUCUGUAUACUUGUGCAUUACAGUUCCUCUGGCGACUUCUGUGCAAGGUUCGGGAACAACACAAAUGUCUUAUGGAAAUUGCUAAUGUGGAAUUCCAGCAAAGAUUCUGACUUCAUGGACAAAUGACAAUCCAAGGAGAUGAUUCACUGCAUGCUCAAGAGCCUUAUAAUAUUAGUUCUAAUAUCAGUUGUAAUAUGACUCGUAAUGUGACUUCUAAUAUGCCAUAAUUUUUUGUUGUUGUUGAUAUGCCAUUCUAUAAGGGUACAAGUGUCUGCUGCAACAUGUUUGAAUGGCUUGAUGAGGAAAUCUGUUAUAGGUCGAAGAUGAUUAUUCCAGGUUUGUUGAGGAAAAUAAACAGUUUGGAAGCUGAGCUUGCUGAUGAGAAGGCAAGAGAAAAAGGGUUGUCUAAAAAAUAUAUGUUUUGGAGUGUAUUGUGGUUUAUUCUUGCAGGAUUACUGGUGGUAGUGAUAUGGGUUGUUUGCUAUGACAGUGAAAGCAAGAAAAUGGUAUCUUCGAAGAUGUGUGAUGCUGGCAAGGAUUAAUUGGAAUGGAAAUUCGAGUAGAGUUUCAGUUAUUAUAUUAUCUAAAGUAGGUGUGUGUUUUAGGAAUUCAUGUAUGACUUAGUUACAUUUGAUCUGUUAGUAGCUCUUGCUUUGAUGUAUCACUUUGUUAGGUUUCAUGUAUGACAAAUGUUGUAAUGUAUCAGUUCUCAGAUAUGAUGUCUGACUUUAAGCUGGACAAGUGUUGUAAUGUAUGAGUUCUUUGGUAUGAUGUAUGAGAAGUGUUGUAAUGUGUUGUACUGAUAAUGACUUUCAUGUGUGUUUGA